AUGCGAUGGAAAUCCAUAUGAAAUUCUUGCACGGAAACGAUGACGUCACUGUGUCGUGUUGAUGCUGAGGGGCAGCCGAGUUGGGGCAAAACGCAAGUGCACUCAUUCAGACAUUCACCGCAAUACCACUAUGAGCAAACAUGAACGCGGGCCGAAAGGAGGCCAGUCAAACUCUAACACCAGCGAUGAAAACAACAGGGUAGCUGUCAAGGAUUUAUAUGACGAUGGGAAAGCAACCAGGAAGCCCCGUCCGCCCAAACCCAGCAACGCUGUAACGAUCGCCGUGUCGUCGCGUACUCUGUUUAACAUGGGGAAGGAAAGGAAGGUGUUUGAGGAGGAGGGGCUGGAGAGGUAUGUUACCUAUCAGCUGGAGCUCGAGGACCAGCCUUUUACUCCAGGGGUCGCAUUCCCCUUUGUCAAGGCGCUGAUGAAUGUAAAUGCUCGCUUGCGGGAACUGUACCCAGACAGUGAGGAGCUGUUUGAUAUUGUGCUGAUGACAAAUAACCAUGCCCAGGUCGGAGUUCGCCUCAUCAACAGCAUCAAUUACUAUGAUCUAACUAUUGAGAGGUUUUGCAUGACGGGUGGGGAAAGUCCGAUUGGUUACCUAAAGGCCUACAUGACCAACCUCUACCUAUCUAGAGAUUCCAAGAAGGUGCAAGAAGCUAUCGAAGAAGGAAUAGCAGCUGCUACGAUGUUUGCAUGUGACAAUGAGAAUCAGCUCAGUGACACGCAGUUACGUGUAGCCUUUGACGGAGAUGCUGUUCUGUUUUCCGACGAAUCAGAAAUUAUUGUGAAGGAACAUGGAUUGGACACCUUUUUCAUGCACGAGAAAGAGUUUGAGAACAAGCCUCUUGCCCAGGGUCCCCUGAAAUGCUUCCUGGAGGCACUGGGUAAACUCCAGCGCAAAUUUUAUGCGAAAAACCAACGCAUUAACUGCCCGAUCCGCACUUACCUGGUCACAGCUCGAAGCGCUGCCAGUGCUGGAGCCCGCGUCCUGAAGACCCUACGGAGCUGGGGGUUGGAGAUAGAUGAGGCCCUCUUUCUGGCUGGGGCUCCUAAGGGACCUCUCCUACUAAAGAUCAGGCCUCACAUCUUCUUUGAUGAUCAGAUGUUUCAUAUUGAGGGAGCCCAGGAGCUGGGGACUAUCGCCGCCCAUGUGCCUUAUGGGAUUGGACAAAAGUACCAUAAAGGGCAACGCAUAGACACAAGCAAUGCAGAAAAUAAGGAAAAAAAUUGAUGACUAUCAAAAGCAAAGCCCAUAUCCAAUCUCUUUACAUACCUAAACGUCUAGGGGUGGUUUCCCGGACAAAUAUAACUAGUUUUAACAAAUAUGCCUUACUUAAAACAUUUCUGGAAGGCGUUUUGAGGCAAAACAAAGGGCACUGAUGUAUUUAAGAUAUGUCAGUGCAAGUUGUUUUCACCUCUUACAUUUAUUUUAGUCUAGGACUAGUCUAAUUCCUGUCCGGGAAUCCGCCCCUACAGUAUAUCAGUGUCAUAUCUCAUCUUUAAAAUACCUCGACUAUAAAUGUUUACUUCUAUUAAUAACAAACUGGGUCUGGAGCUCAAGUGAAGCAAGUGCAUGGAAGACCCUGCAAGUUUAUGUGAUAUAUUUAUUUAUUUUGGUCCCUUUUAGGUGUGUUUUAAACCUUGAAUCUUACAGAUGCAUGGUUACAUUUUUAAAUUUACAUACUUGGGUUACCCAGCAUUAUUAUGUACAGUACUUAUAGACGGUUUCAGCAGCAACAACAUAAACACACACCUUUUGUGAACUAAACGCAACUACUAGUAGACUGCCAAUACGGCUUUUUAACAUGUUAAUCAAAGUUUGCUGUUUAAUAUCUAUUUAAUUAUAUUUAUGAUCUCAGGGAAUACGCACAAUAAUAUUACAUGUUUUGUUUUAUUUAUAGUGUGAGAUUUUGCUGUCUAGUGCACCUUUUUGUUUGUACUGUAGCUUGUUUACUGCUGUAUUUUGUAACCAAUAAGAGUUCCAGACUUAUUUUCCGCAAUAAUGAACUGUACCCUGCCUAUAUAAAUGCUACAAUAGGAAACCACAUAGAAUGUAUUUUUACAGAUGUUAAAACCUCUUUGUUUUUCUCUUAAGGUGCAAUACAUUGUUUCAAUAUAUUAAAAUUAGUAUUGUCCACACAUGUCUUGCUAUAAACACUGGAUGUAUUACAUUUGAGAAUAAACUUUGUUUAUUGACAUUGACAA